AUGUCGGCUGAGAAGAUCUUGCCCAACACUUUCACCUUCAAUUCUGCUAUCAGCGCUUGCGAGAAGUGUGGCGAGUGGCAGCAAGCACUCAGCCUUUUGCAGGACAUGGUUUCCCAGCGCCUGUGCGAUGUGAUCUCGUACAACUCCUCCAUAAGUGCGUGUGAGAAAGCUGCACGGUGGCAGGAAGCACUAUGCCUCUUCCAGGACAUCCCGGCUAUGCGACUUUUGCCAGAUGUCAUUAGCUACAAUGCGGUAGUCAGUUCGUGCGAGAAGGGUGGACGCUGGCAAGAAGCCCUCCAGCUCCUGAGCUGCAUGCCUCCUGGGAUGCCAAAUGUUCGCAGCUUCAAUGCGGCCAUCAGCGCUUGCGUCCGGGCAAAGGCUUCGGCGGCAUUUCGUCUCUUCGAGGAGAUGUCGGAGAACUCUUUGACGCCCGAUGUGAUCAGCUACAGUGCAGCGGUCAAAGCCUGCGAAACAGAGUGGCUAUGGAAAGAAGCGCUUGGCUUUUUGCACCAAAUGCGAUCUGAAUCGAUAGCUCCAAAUUUGAUUACUCUGAAUUCAGCCAUUGCUGCUUGCGACAAAGCUGGUCAAUGGGAAGUCGCUUUGUCCUUGUUGCUGGGCCUCGGUGCUUGGAAGCUCCAAGCGGAUCUCAUCAGUUUCAACUCCGCCAUCAGCGCCUGCGGUACCAGCGCUGCAUGGCGGAUGGCUGUGGUGCUGCUGCAACGAACUUUUUCGCAAUCCAUGGUGCCCAAUGCGGUCACACUCAACGCAGUGAUGACAGCUUGCCAGCGGGGCAGGGAAGGCUCUGCUGCUUUGCGUGUCUCCAGCUCCAUGCUGAAGGCUGGCAUAUCACCAAAUCAGAUCACAUUCUCCGUGCUCUCGGAAGCCUACGCAGCUGAAGGGAGCUGGACGAAGGCGAUCAGCCUGUUGAAAUCUAUGAGGCAGAUGCACUUCCCUGCAAAUACCAUUUGUUACUGUCACACAGUGGAGGCCCUUUGCAAGGCGUGGAGGCCCGUGGGCGCCAGGCGCUUCAUGAACACUUUGUCAGAGUUGGCCUUGUCGGCCUUGUCCCUGAUGUGGCUGUAG